AUGCAGUUUCUUAACGUGUUUAACGCCAUAAUUUGGUGCGGCUUCCUCGCUUUCUUUCUUUCCUCUGUCAACCCCGGUUGGGACACUGGGCAGAACUGUUCUAUGCUGAAUAUUACCACCGCAGAAAUAGCAAAGAAUAUCAGUGACACAUUCGACAUACUCGACAAAGAUCAGGCCCAGCGGCGUAUCACAGUCCCUAGCCAAAUCUCGGAACCGCUCAAGUCGGUUGCUACGAAGGUUGAGGGACAUGUAGCAACGGCCGUGGCCUCCGCAAAACAAGCCAUCAGCACGCCACUUACCAAUGUUUGGAAGGAAAUCCAACCAAAGUUCCUCGACGAUUUGACUCGGUGGAGAAACACGGUCCCCGUCUACUGUUGUCUCCAAACGCGGGGCGUGUGGCAGCUUGGGUACCCCGACUCGACCACCAAGCUCGUUCCGUCCCAGGACUUCAACAUGGUGGAAGCCUUCCAAAUCAAGGAACUCAGCGAGUUAUUCAGCGCUGCACAUAAGAUCGUUCCAGGGCUGCCAGAUAGCUUAGCUAGUGACCUUGGCAAUGUUGACUUCGGCGUUGUCGACAGGAUCGUUGUCGUAAUAUACGGGCUGCUUUUGGCUCUCCUCGUCGGGACCUUUGUCACAAUCGUUGUCUCCAUAUUUCUACCGCAGACCGGUUUGUUUUGUUGCAUUCCUAGAAUGGCAAUAAACUUGCUUCUCCUUCUGCUUUGGUUCAUGGCUCUGGCUUGUAUGAGCGUUUCUUUGGCCGUAACCCACGUUUCGAGCGGACUUCUCUCUAUUUUGGAUCUAGGCAUCACCUCGCAAGCUGGGACGACGCUGUGGCUCUCCGUGGCUGCUGCGGUUUGGCUUUCGCUGUGGUUUGUUCUCAACUUUCUUAAGUCCAUCUGUCUUUGA